GGAAAAGGACAAACAAUCCAUCUCCCCAAGUUCCCAAUCCUCGCGACAGCGAACUCCACUCGAAGGAUAGAUGCGAUUUGAUUCCGCACUACGGUUCCUCUCCCCACGCCCCGCCGAUUAAGUUAUGCCAUCGCCCAACCCGGCGCUACGGAGACAGGUUGUCAGCAUCUACAAAGAGCUCCUCAACCUCGGCAAGGACUACCCGUUGGGGUUCGACUACUUCCGGACGAGGCUGCACGGCGCCUUCAUGGCGAACGCCGGGCUGCGGGACGAGGAGGAGAUCCGGAAGGGGAUAGCGAGGGCCGAGUUUGUGCGAAAAGAGGUCGAGGCGCUGUACUAUUUGAAGAGAUACCGGACGCUGAGGAAGCGGUAUGAUGUGACAUGAAGCUUUUUAGCACAAGCUGGGAGGUCCAUGUGGUAGGUGGUAGAUGGCAGAUGGUUGAACUCGGAGCAUCGGGCUCAUUCCGAUGGGCGCAACAGAGCCCUGGUUUCAGUGGCAUGAUGAGAUCCAAAAUCUCCUGGACUCGGGAGUGACUCGGAAGUGGCGUACGGAGUCGGGUUGUCGUGAGGGGGGGUCCGGUUUCGAGGCUGGACAUGAGUAAGAUUGGGCAGCUGCUGCUGAGUGUAGAAUAUGUGUAGGAUAUCUGAGCAGGGAGUGAAGGCCAAUAAACACAUGGCUAUUGUCGAG